CCAAAUAAUCAUUUUUUAGUAAAGGAGUAUUUGUGUUCUUGAUUUCCUUCUCAUAUUCUAGGUCAACCUGAACAUUCAAAAUCCCUGAUACAUCAAAGCCCAAUUCUCUGAGGAGUUGUAGAAUCUGAAUCUAAUAUGGCGGGGAUGGGAGACGGUUACGUCGGGACGGCCCAGGAUGCCGUGAAAAUCCGCCGGCUGGAGAAGCAGCGUGAAGCAGAACGGCGGAAAAUUCAGGAGCUCAAGAACAAAACUGCUUCAUCUAUAGGACAGCCUGGCCUUCUUCAGUUCGGCUCCAGUACAUCAGAGAUUCUUGAGACCACAUUCAAGAAGGAAACUGUUGGUCUUGUUACUAGAGAGGAAUACGUUGAGAAAAGGGUGAAUAUCAGGACAAAAAUUGAAGAGGAAGAGAAGGAGAAGCUUCAGAAGUUACAACAAGAGGAGGAGGAACUUCUGUUACAAAAGCUUAAGAAGCGUAAAGUUAAAGCAGACCCUAGAUUGUCAUUCUGUGAUGAUUUUGACAAUGGAAUCGAAGAGGAAGACGUGGAAAAUACACUCAAAGAAUUGGAGAAUCCUGUAAGAAGAAAAUUUGGGAAAGAUCCCACCGUAGAAACCAGCUUUUUGCCAGACAGUGAGAGGGAAGCAGAGGAGCAAGCUGAACGCGAAAGGCUAAAGAAUCAAUGGUUUCGGGAACAGCAACUGAUCAAAAAUGAACCCCUUGAAAUCACUUAUAGUUAUUGGGAUGGAACAGGUCAUAGACGAGUUAUCCAGGUCCGGAAGGGUGAUAGUAUUGGAGAAUUCCUUCGUGCUGUUCAGCAGCAACUUGCCCCUGAGUUUAGAGAGGUUCGAACUACAUCUGUGGAGAACCUGCUUUAUGUGAAAGAAGAUCUUAUUAUUCCUCAUCAACACAGUUUCUAUGAGCUGAUAGUUAACAAGGCAAGAGGGAAGAGUGGACCGCUUUUCCAUUUUGAUGUCCACGAAGACGUGCGCACAACAGCUGAUGCAACUAUAGAGAAGGAUGAGUCGCAUGCGGGAAAAGUUGUGGAAAGACAUUGGUACGAGAAAAACAAGCAUAUUUUCCCGGCUUCUCGGUGGGAGAUAUAUGACCCAAACAGGAAGUUUGAUCGUUAUACCAUCCAUGGGAAUUGAUGCAUCAAGGGCAAAAAUGUGACAUUAUUUGGAUGCAAAAUUUUUACAUAUUUGUACAAGGAUAAUUUCACAAGUGUCCUUAUUUGACACUAAUUGUAUUCACCAUUCUUCCAACUACACAAUUUUUAUCUACACUCAAAAAAAUUUUAUUCACAAAAAUCCUGAAGUGGAGAAGGCUGGGGUGUAACUUGGUCGUGUACCCCAAUCAUUUUUUUGGUCUGGACAAUUCGAAUGCAGAACUUAAAUUGCAUUGAUAAUACUCUGUCUUUGAAAGAACAAAUGCUAAAGUUGUUU